AUGAAUUUUGGGGACUUUCUUGACAGCCACAGCCACAACACUUCCGCCGCCGCCGCCGCCGGCGGUGCCACGGUUGCCGCCGGCUCGCCUAUUUACACCACCAAAAACGGCAUCUUUGACAGCGGCAACCCAUCUACCACCGACAUGCCGUCGGCCGCCGCCCCGCCGCCCCUCCACCACCCCUUCUCCGGAAAAACCACGUUCAACUCCUCCGGCCUCUCUCUCGCCAUCCAAAUGGGGGAAAACACGCACAUCACCACCGCCGGCGCCGUCAACGGCCGGAGAACCAGAGACGACGACCUCCUGUACGAGAGCAGAUCCGGCAGCGACAACCUAGACGCCGCCUCCGGCGACGACCCUGACGACUCCUCCGCCGCCGCCGACAAGCCUCCCCGCAAAAAACGCUACCACCGCCACACCCCCCAACAAAUCCAAGAACUAGAGGCGUACGCCACCUCAACCGCUCACAAAAAGAUUGCAUUUUUAUCACUUUCCCCACCCCAUUUGGCCCACAAAGAUUGCUUUUUUAUUUCUGGGUUUCUCAUUUCCUUUUCGUUUUUUCAACUUUUUCUUGGUACGUUUUUUUUGCAGACACAGCUAGAGAGGCACGAAAACUCGAUCCUCCGGCAAGAAAACGACAAGCUCCGGGCCGAAAACUUGUCUAUACGUGAGGCCAUGAGAAACCCCAUCUGCACAAAUUGCGGGGGGCCCGCCGUUAUUGGUGACCUCUCCCUCGAAGAGCAACACCUCCGAAUCGAAAACGCUCGACUCAAGGACGAGCUCGACCGAGUAUGCUCCCUCGCCGGAAAAUUCCUCGGCCGCCCAGUCUCAUCCCUCCCUCCUCCUCCGGGCCUCGACAUCCAGCCCAUAAACCCGGCCCAGCCUGCAAUCCCGGGCGACGAGUUCAUUGGGGGGAGCGUGGGCCCCGCGUACCUUGAGCUGGCUUUAGCUGCAAUGGACGAGCUGAUAAGAAUGGCAACGCCCGACGGGCCUUUGUGGGCCUCAGAUGGCGGGAGGGAGGUACUUGACCGGGCCGAGUAUUUGAGGAAUUUCAGCCCGUGUUUGGGGAUGAGGCCCGAAGGGUUUGUGAGCGAGGCUUCGAGGGAGACUGGCAUGGUCAUCAUCAAUGGAUUGGCGCUAGUCGAGACGCUGAUGGACUCGAACAAAUGGGCAGAGAUGUUUCCUUGUGUGAUUGCAAGGGCCUCAACUACAGAUGUGAUAUGUAGUGGAAUGGGUGGAUCAAGAAAUGGUGCACUUCAAUUGAUGAAUGCUGCAUUCCAAGUACUAUCGCCAUUGGUGCCGGUUCGUAAGGUCGAUUUUAUCCGAUUUUGCAAGCAACAUUCGGAAGGUGUGUGGGCCGUGGUUGACGUGUCAAUCGAUGCCUUACGGGAAAAUUCGGGCGGGCCCACAUUUCGAACUUGCCGGAGGCUACCGUCUGGUUGUGUGGUGCAAGAUAUGCCCAAUGGCUAUUCUAAGGUCACGUGGGUCGAGCACGUGGAGUACGACGAGACCACCAUCCACCACCUCUACCGGCCGCCGGUGGCGGCCGGCAUGGCCUUCGGGGCCCACCGGUGGCUCGCCACCCUCCAACGCCAGUGUCGGAAGAGCAUGCUAAAGCUUGCACAAAGGAUGACCAAAAACUUUUGCUCGGGCGUUUGCUUCUCGUCGGUGCACAAGUGGAACAAGCUCCGAGCGGACAAUGUGGGCCCGGAUGUCCAAGUCAUGACCCGGAAGAGCGUGGACGACCCGGGAGAGCCGCCCGGGAUAGUGCUUACCGCCGCCACGUCAGUUUGGCUGCCCGUGGGCCCGCAGAGGAUGUUCGAUUUUCUAAGGGACGAGCGGCUUAGGAGCGAGUGGGACAUACUCUCCAAUGGCGGGCCUAUGCAGGAGAUGGCCCGUAUAGCCAAGGGACACGAUCACGGCAAUUGCGUUUCUCUACUACGCGCCGGUAGCAGCAUGUUGAUACUGCAAGAGACGUGCACAGACGCAUCCGGGUCGCUAGUCGUGUACGCGCCCGUCGACAUCCCAGCCAUGCACGUCGUCAUGAACGGCGGGGACUCCGCCUAUGUGGCGCUCCUCCCCUCCGGGUUCUCCAUCAUGCCCGAUGGGCUCGGGCCUGGACCCAACUCAAACAAUUCUGGGUCGGGCCACGGGUCGCUCCUAACAGUGGCGUUCCAGAUCCUGGUCAACAGUCUCCCGUCGGCCAAGCUCACGGUGGAGUCAGUCGAGACGGUCAAUAACCUCAUCUCGUGCACCGUGCAGAAGAUAAGAUCAGCCCUCGAUUGUGAGGGGUGA